UAUUCGAGGUGGAUGUCAUACGUUAUCUCUGUGAAUUUGAAAUAUUUUUGAGAAGAAAAAUCCAUGCAAGAAACUUGGUUAAAUAUUUUAUUGGAAGUAGAAAAUUCACAGUGUAUUUCAGAAGGCAUUGAAGUGUGAAAUAAUUUCCCUAAGUCUUUUAAUCAUCUGAGUGACACAGUAAAUCGGCACGAGUAGGGACCGUAUCCAUGUUUUGAUGAUACAUUCGAAAUGUGUUAAAUUUGUUCAAAUAAUAGCAACAAAAUUUAAUUAGAUGAUUUAAAUUACGUUUUUAUGUUCGAAAGAAUCCUCAUUAUUAUUUUUUUAAGUCGAAAUGUGGAUGGUUUCUUAGCAGUGUUUUGACCCUUUCGGGCGAGUCCAUUAUGAAGAAGAGGGGAAGGAACUUCCACCAUCAUGUGUUUCGAACGUAAACAAACACCCAAAUCUUUCUGUCAGCUGCCUCUGUGUUGCACCUGAUAUGUUUGAAAGUAUAAAUGAAACAAAUGACCGAACAUUUUUAUAAUAUACCAUUUGGUACCACCAUUUCUAAACCUGGCUAAAACACUGAGAUUAAACUCUGGCUGUUCUCGUUGCCAGACCACUGGAAAUUUGACAUACCCUGCUAGAUUUUGAAUGUUGGAGGCCAACAGCCUUCGGCCCUUCAACCAGUGCAUGAUUUUGGUGGAACCAAGUUUUUACUGCUGCUUUAAUAUUUUAUGCUAACUGCUUUAUGAAAAUGAACUUUUUUAAAUGAAAAUAUAUACUAAAUUGGAACAACUUCAAGUCUUCAACUAAAAUUUCAAAACAACAUAAUUUUUUGAAAUCUCCACUUUUCAAGAAUCAUUUUAAGUGAAAAUUUUUAUCCCAGAAUACAAUUGAUGGGAAUUGUGCAAUAAUGUGUAGGGUUUAAACUGCAAGUUAGUGCUUGCCCAACAAUGUCAUUAGAAUGUGUUUUGGGUGGAUGUGGCAAUGGUUUUGGUGACUGCCGGUGACGAGCAAAGCAAUUGCAAUAGUGGAGCUGACACAGGGAGCAUCACUUCUAAUCCUAGUGCUGGAGGUGACGGCAUGGAGAAAGCUUGGGGUGUGACUGUUGCGCCACCACCACAGCAACACAAGCGUCCUGAUCCGGCUCCUUGGCACAAACAUGACCUCACUGAAAAGGAGAGAGCUAAGCAAUUACGAGAGCUCAAUGCUAGUGGGGGUCCGGGCCCCAUCAGUGGAAGUGGCGCAGGGGGAGCCGCGGGAGGUUUGGUUCGACCAGUGGUUGGUAUGGGGGCCCCAACAUCAAAUAUGGGGGGAGCCUCUGGCCCAGUGCAGCCGCCUGGAGCUCCGGGACAAGUGGUGCUCUACGGCAAGUUGUGUGGGGAAGAGGACCUGGUGCUGUGGGAGCAACAUGUUGCUGCUGCUGCAGCACAGCAUCACCACAGCACUGCACACUCCUCACAGCAUCAUCACCACCAUAACACACGCACAGAACGCCUGUACAGAGAACCAGCCACUGGUCCCCUUAGGAAGCUGUCUGUUGACCUCAUCAAGACCUACAAGCACAUUAACGAGGUUUAUUACGCGAAGAAGAAGCGACGUGCGGUGCAGACGCAGGGCCAGAGCCCUGGUGGGGCGCAGCACAAGAAGGAGAGGAAAGUCUACAAUGACGGCUACGACGAUGACAACCACGACUACAUCAUCAAGGCUGGCGAGAAGUUCGAGGGCAGAUACGAGAUAGACUCCUUGAUAGGCAAAGGCUCCUUUGGUCAGGUGGUGAAGUCAUACGACCACGAGGAGCACAGCUGGGUCGCUAUUAAGAUAAUUAAGAAUAAGAAGCCCUUUUUAAACCAGGCCCAAAUAGAAGUUAAACUCCUCGAGAUGAUGAACAGAGCUGACUCCGACAACAAAUAUUAUAUUGUACGUCUGAAGCGGCACUUCAUGUGGCGCAACCACUUGUGCCUGGUGUUUGAACUUCUCUCCUACAACCUCUACGAUCUUUUACGCAACACAAACUUUCGGGGAGUUUCCUUGAACUUGACGAGGAAGUUUGCACAGCAACUCUGCACAGCUUUACUCUACCUCUCCACGCCUGAGCUUCAGAUAAUUCACUGCGACCUGAAGCCCGAGAACAUCCUCCUCUGCAACCCCAAGCGCAGUGCCAUCAAAAUAGUUGACUUCGGUUCCAGCUGUCAGAUGGGACAGAGGGUGAGUGUUGCCAGCUGUCAGAUGGUAGAGGGUGAGUGUUGCCAGCUGUAUUUAAUGCCCCUCUUCUCUGGCGCCAAUGAGGUUGACCAAAUGAACAAGAUUGUUGAGGUGUUGGGCAUUCCCCCGAAACACAUCCUGGACAUGGCAACCAAGACUCGGAGGUACUUCGACAAGCUCCCCGACGGCUCCUAUGUUCUCCGUAAACCCAAAGACGGCAAGAAAUACAGGCAGCCUUUGACGCGACGUCUGCGGGACAUCAUCGGUGUUGAGACAGGCGGGCCUGGAGGCCGGAGACUCAAUGAGCCGGGACACAGUGUGUCCGACUACCUCAAGUUCGAGGACCUUAUCAAGAAGAUGCUAGAUUUUGACCCCAAGACGAGAAUAACUCCGUACUACGGACUGCAGCACAACUUCUUCAAACGCACCACAGACGAGAGCACCAACACCAGUAAUUCCACGAGUCCCGCCAUUGAGCAUUCUAUUAUUGCCUCGCCUUCUGUUGCUGUUGCUCAGCAACAACUGCAGCAAAAUCAACAGCCAUCACAAGCCCCUGUGCAAGUUAGCUCUCAAGCGCACCAUCAUCAACAAGGCUGCGGCAGCGGGCGUCUUCGCGGCGACGUUCCUGUGUCCCAUCUCCCCAUGAGCUCCUCUCACAUCCACGGGCCCUCACACAUCCACGGGACCUCGCACAUCCAUGGGACCUCCUCCUCACACAUCCACGGGACCUCCCACAUCCAUGGAUCCUCUCACAUGCACGCGUCCUCUCAUCUUCUCGUGGCAUCCUCUUCCUCCCACAUCCACGGGCCAUCUUCUCACAUUCACGGGUCCUCCCACAUUCACGGUUCCUCCUCCCACAUCCACGGGCCCUCGUCCCACAUUCAUGGGCCCUCCUCCUCACACAUCCUCGGAUCUUCUUCUCACAUGCACGCCGUGAGCUCGGCUCACAUGCACGGUAGUAACGCUACUCACGUGCACGGCAGUAACGCCACUCACGUGCACGGCAGUAACGCCACUCACGUGCACGGCAGUAACGCCACUCACGUGCACGGCAGUAACGCCACUCACGUGCACGGUAGUAACGCUACCUACGUGCAUAGCAACAGUGCUACGCACGUGCACGGUAACACCGUGACGCAUGUGCACGGGUCGUCUUCGCGUCACGUGCAUCCGUACCACUCACACAGAUCCCGACCUCUGGAGCCCCCCACUGCGGUGUCGCUAGCGACCCUCGACCCCCCUAACCCCAGCCUAUUGUUGCUGCCUAACAGCUUACAGCACCAACAGCUGCAGCUGCAACAACACCAAAUCGCUGCACCCAGUCAGCAACAACAGUCGCAGCAGCCGCAGCACGCAUCCAGUAGCAGCAAUAACAAGCCCCUCAAUGUUACCGGCGUCAAUAUUAGUCAGGAGCAGAACCACGUGAUAGCGGUCAGCAACAACAACGUCAUGGAUGCGAACAAUUCUAGUAACCUUUGUAAUAUAAUUGUCAAUAGCAGUGGCGGUGAUGCCACCACCAUCAAUGUCAAUAACAGCCUCAAUUUAGUUCAUAAUUCCUCAUCAAGUCACCCAAGUUCAGCCCACACACCCAGCUCGGGGGCAGGGAACGGAGGCGCUGAGUUAACUAAGAACUGCAGUCCCAUCACGGUCCAGGCCGCGCCCCACGCGUCUCCUACCGCGCCUUCUUCAGGCUCUUUACACAACCACUUUCAUCAGCACCAAAAGCCUGCGGGCAGCGCCCCCAGUAAGCUUCCCUCGCACCAUCUCCAGCAGCAAACGGGGACCGUGACGACCGCUGCGUCCGUGAACCGGUCCGGCGGCAACGGGACAUCGUCGUUUCCGGGGGGUGGAAGACCGACACGCGCCAAUGUCGCGCCCUCGAGUCCCGGAGGUAACAGCGGCAGUGGUGCUGGGGGUAACGGAGGGAGCGGCGUCGGGAGUAACGCUGGUAACGGUGCUGGGGGUAACAGUGGCGGUGUGCUGACGCGCAGUGCUGCGAUGAAGCAGCACGCGGCGUUGCUGCAAGCGUCGAGUCUUGCGCUCAGCGGCAGCCUUUCCGUGACCGGCGCGCCUGCCGAAGCUCAGUCCGCCUCUCUGGUGUCCACGCAUCAUUCGCCUCUGGCGUCUCAGUGAUAACGGUUACAUUAACCGUUAUACGCAACGCUACCGUAACCGUUUUCCGUACGCAACUAAAGACUAUCCCUGAUCACGGUCAUACAUGAACAACAAGUGCCCGCAUCGGGUUGCCUGAUUGAAAAAUGCAUGCGUGCAGUUCGUGUAUCCGUCUCUGUCACUUGGUACCCCCAAACUCGGCUCUAUCAACAAGUUCUCGUACAUCAAUUGUGUACUUAUCUCUCUCGUGUUUACCAGAGUUCUCUCUUGAUGAUAUAGUGAGGUCGUGUGUGGUGGCAGAUAUCGAGUAGUCGGCGGUUCUUCGACCAUCAGUGCGUCUGUUGCUCACGUCGCAUCUCCUUCAUCAGCCCACGCUAGAUGUGUUCUGUAGGCCUGCCUUCUAUCGAGCCUGCCUUCCAGGCUGCCGUCAUGAUCGGAUGAUGCCCUUCACUGAUUUUCACUCUCUGAUAUUCAUGCGCCCCGCUUCAAGUUCUUUUUAUUAUUUAACCCAUUUAACACACUUCAGUUUAACUCAUUUAUCACAAAGUUCGUAGAUCAAUGUGUUCAAUCACUAUUGUUUUGUUCGAUUUUACUAAAUUUGACGAGCUGGAAGCAGCUUUACAAAGUUUCUAGCUGAUCUAAGCCCCUCGGGUUUGUCUCGGAUCUUCUGCACUAACUUCUGUGCUUGUGUGGCCCUACUUGGCGCGGUUGCUCACAGUUGUUGCGCGCCUGCAUGGGAGACUAAAGUAUGAUUGUUUGGAGGCAGCGCCACACGGUAGGCUCAUUACAAAUCUUAUCAGCUUUAAUUUGAUUUAAGUCUCGAAUAUUUAGCUUGUUUUGCACAUCUCCUUGUUGUGUUGACGCUGCCGUGUAGUGUUGAAUGAAAUUCAAGUGGAGUUAUCCUGUUCGGCGCUUACUUUCAUUCACUAAAAUAUUCAUCACUUUUCUGUAAAGGAGACACGAGCUCAUGAACGACUCUAGAAUCAAAUCUAAAUUGUCAUGACAUCAAUAUAAAUUUUUUAUUUACAAAUUUUAAUAGUUCUCAUGUUUCAUUCAAUGAAGACCAUGAUUUUAGUCUCAAUUUGUUGAUUAUUUUGUGCGAUGCACAUCAAUAAUGUAGAAUUGUAAGAAAAUGUUCUUUCACUUGAGCGUAGGUAUAUUUUAAAUGUCCAAUUGAUUCAUGCUUAUUUUUGCCUAUCAAUAUUAAUGAUCAAUUCACACUCACUGCGCGCGGUUUGGGUAAUGAAAAGAUUAAAUUCGGUCCAUUUCAAUAGCAAUGAAAUCAAAAUGUAUACCGAAAAGAAAUCGUAUGCCGAACAAAAUUUGACAACACUUCACUCACCGCAACCCGCGUAGCUUACGGAACUCUCGUUUGUUUAUUGUCAUCCUUUUGGGGUCAUUCUUUCCACUCGAUUUGUCGCCUUUUUUUUAUUCCCUAACUUCUUGACUGCACGUGCAAAUAAUUACUCAUAAACUCGCUUCAGUUUCUUUUGAUUAUAGGAUCUUGAGAUUGGUUAGGAAAACCGUAUCCGCGCUGAAAGCAACAUCGCAGAAUUUUCACAGUUUGCUUGGUCUCAAACCCACAACUCGCUGCUCCGAUCUUUUUGCUUGUGACCGCUUGACCAUUGCGAGAGCAGUUGACGGCAAAACAAAGCUUCAUUGAGUGCAUGGUCUGUUAGAGAUUGCAGGUAAUGUAAGGUAUAUCUGGUCAAUACAUCGCAGGUAAGUUAUCUCGAUGUCACGGCAUUAAUUGUUGCAUGCUUCACUUCGGUUAUUGUUAUUAUUUUCAUUAGAUAGCUCGGAAUCCUGCAGUAUUUUUGCGUUCACACAAACCUUCUUGCAUGGUUGCCAGUUAUGAUCCCGAUUGAACGUUGUUAAAUUUAUCAGUUUCUUUUCUUGUGCCAAAAAAUUUCACCUUGUGCCCCAAUGAAACCUGCCUCGAUAACCGCGAUACCUUUUCCCUAAAAUUUGUUAAUUGUGUGACUAUUACUUGAUUAAAAUACCACACCUAAUUUACCCCCUGAAAAUUAAUUAAUAAAUUCCAGGUAUUAAUUAGAUCACAUCCCAUUAAGGAGCACGUUACCGUAGUAAAAAAAUUAUAGAAAACUUGCCGGUAAUCGUUCAUUUCAUUCUUCCUAUAUUUCCUCCUGCAUAUGUAUUUAUUGCUGUCUUUUACAUCCACGUUCGUUUCGAUCUCCCAUGGAAUAGCGUUAAUAUGUGCUUCCGAUUAUUUUAAGCAAAGACAUCUAGUUCCAUCAACUCAACGUUCCAUCAAAGAUUAUUAAAAGCAUCAAUUCGGCCUUAAUUUCCGUGAUUAGGUUUCUUAAUGAGUCAUUACGGAAGAGUUGAACCGGUGCAGCUUGUUGCUUCUUCCUCCACGGCGCCGCUUGGCGAUCUUCCGAACUGAUGAUUUAAUCUAAAAUUUUGUUCAAUUAAUUUAAGUUUUAUUAUCGUGUGUG